UGGUGAAAUGAGAUUAGAGACGGCCAUCCGAGGAGGCAGCAGACCAAGCACCUGCUCUGUAAUCGAUGUCCCGGGGGACGGCACAGCACACUAAUCAAGGCGUCCGUCUCCAUGGCUAAUUCCAUUAGCAGCCACGCGCCUGCCUCUUCCGCUGUGUUCCAGGCAGCCCCCACAUCCACAUGCAGUCCACUCCAGAUCCAUGUUUUCUAUUAUGCUUGAAUAUAUGGGACAUGCAUCUCGGUCCUCCACCCGCCACCCUGCUGCAGUGUGCUUGUUUUGCAGAGCUGUAUGGCAGCCUGGCUGGAGUAGGGGCUGACCGGAGCGGGGAUGCACGCUGGGUCCUCCUAGCCUCCCUCCAGCCCAAGCACGCAGCCCCUCUCUGCCUACCGAGAAGCCUCUGCUCCUUGCAUUUGGAUGCUGCCAGCAGUGCAGCUGUCACCAAGCUUCGGGAUCACUUUAGUGGGAAGUUUCCUUCCCAUUCCCCAAAGGACAUAUGUAGAAAGGAGGUCGGGUCAACCCCAUGGAACUGAAGCUGACCAAAAUCAAAGGGAGCUUGCAUGGACUGACCCUGUUCAAAGAGUCACAGUGCACCCUCUGUGGAGAGCCGGAAGAGGAAGAAGGCGGAGACCUGGCCCAGUCGGGCCUCAGCUUCCCCGGGCCUGCAGAGGAGGACCUAGACCAGCAGUACUCAUGGUCCCCAACGCAGCACUUCAAUGAGGAAAGAUACUCUCCUGUCCCUAGGAACAUGAAAGGCUUAUCCGCAGGUCGAAACCAACCACCGUUGUGCACUGGUCACACGUGUGGUUUAACGCCCCCGGACGACUGCGAGCACCCCCAGGACCACCUGCGCCAUGGGCAGGACAUGCGGCAGCCCUACCUGCUCAGCCCAGCCGAGAGCUGCCCGCUGGACCACCACCGCUGCUCACCCAGGAGCUCCGUGCACUCGGAGUGUGUGAUGAUGCCCGUGGUUCUGGGAGACCAUGUGUCCAGCAGCACCUUUCCCAGGAUGCACUACAGCUCCCACUACGACGCGAGGGAUGACUGCACCAUGUCGCACGCCAGCACGAAGGUCAACCGCAUCCCUGCCAACCUCUUGGACCAGUUCGAGAAGCAGCUGCCCUUGCACAGGGACGGCUUCCACACGCUGCAGUACCAGAGAGCCUCGGCCGCACCCGAGCAGCGCAGCGAGAGCCCGGGCCGGAUCCGGCAUCUGGUGCACUCCGUACAGAAGCUCUUCACCAAGUCGCACUCACUGGAGGGCUCCUCCAAGAGCAACGUCAACGGGACCAAGGGCGACAGCCGGGGCGACGACCACCACCAUGGCCACCACUCCAAGCACAGCAAGCGGAGCAAGAGCAAGGAGCGCAAGCCUGAGGGCAAGCACAAGUCGAGCAUGAGCAGCUGGUGGAGCUCAGACGACAACCUGGACAGCGACAGCACGUUCCGCACGCCCAGCAUGUCCACCCGGCACCACAUGGACCACCUUGCCCACUGCUACCCUGAGGCCCUGCCCAGCCCCUUCGGGGACCUGUCCCUGAAGACCUCCAAGAGCAACAGCGACGUCAAGUGCUCGGCCUGUGAGGGCCUGGCGCUGACGCCCGACGCCAAGUACAUGAAGCGCAGCUCCUGGUCCACACUCACGGUGAGCCAGGCCAAGGAGGCCUACCGCAAGAGCUCGCUGCACCUGGACAAGCCGCUGGCCCACCCGGAGGUGAAGCCCGCCCCACGGCCGUGCCACUACCUCCAGGUGCCUCAGGAUGAGUGGGGUGGGUAUCCCCCCGGCGGCAAGCAGGACGAGAUCCCCUGCCGGAGGAUGCGAAGUGGCAGCUACAUCAAAGCCAUGGGGGAUGACGAGAGCGGAGAAUCAGACUCCAGCCCCAAGACCUCCCCAACGGUGGCCGUCCGGCCCGAGUCCCUGCUGAAGUCCAUUUCACAGAGACCGCGAGGAGACCACCAAACCCAGAGUUACCUGCAAGCUGCAAGCGAGGUGCCUGUCAGUCACAUCUUGGACCCCACUGCCAACUACAACUCUCCGAAAUUCCGCUCUCGGAACCAGAGCUACAUGCGGGCCGUGAGCACCCUGAGCCAGGCCAGCUGCGUGAGCCAGAUGAGCGAGGCUGAGAUGAACGGGCAGUUCGAGUCGGUGUGUGAGUCAGUCUUCAGCGAAGUGGAGUCCCAGGCCAUGGAUGCCCUGGACCUGCCGGGAUGCUUCCGGACCAGGAGCCACAGCUACCUUCGAGCCAUCCAAGCUGGCUAUUCCCAAGAUGACGAAUGUAUCCCCGUGAUGACACCCUCCAACGUGACCUCCACCAUCAGGUCCGCCGCAGCUGUCCCCUACACCAACUACAAGAAGACACCACCCCCGGUGCCUCCUCGGACCACCUCGAAGCCCCUCAUCUCAGUGACAGCCCAGAGCAGCACGGAGUCCACCCAGGAUGCCUACCAGGACAGCCGCGCUCAGAGGAUGUCCCCAUGGCCACAGGAUGGCCGUGGCCUCUACAACUCCACGGACAGUCUGGACAGCAACAAGGCCAUGAACCUCGCCCUGGAGACAGCAGCGGCCCAGCACCAUGCAGACAGCCAGGGCGGCUCCACGAGGCCCGGCGACAAGGCCAUCCUGACGUCCAAGGCCGAGGAGCUGCUCAAGAGCCGUUGUUCCUCCAUCGGGGUGCAGGAUUCUGAAUUCCCCGACCUUCAGCCAUACCCAAGGUCAGAUGUGGAAACAGCUACAGACUCAGACACGGAGAGCCGGGGCCUGCGAGAGUACCACUCCGUCGGGGUACAAGUGGAAGACGAGAAGCGGCAUGGGCGUUUCAAGCGCUCCAACAGCGUCACGGCCGCUGUGCAGGCUGACCUGGAGCUGGAGGGCUUCCCAGGCCACAUCACCAUGGAGGACAAGGGGCUCCAGUUCGGCUCCUCCUUCCAGCGGCACUCGGAGCCCAGCACGCCAACCCAGUAUGGGGCAGUGAGGACUGUGCGGACGCAGGGGCUCUUCAGUUACCGAGAGGACUAUCGGACCCAGGUGGACACCUCCAGCCUGCCUGCCCCUGAGCCCUGGCUGGAGUCUGCCCUGGAGCCUGUGGAGACUGGGAGGAUGUCCCCGUGCCGCAGGGAUGGCUCGUGGUUUCUGAAGCUGCUCCACACGGAGACGAAGCGGAUGGAGGGCUGGUGCAAGGAGAUGGAGAGGGAAGCGGAGGAGAACGACCUCUCUGAAGAAAUUCUCGGGAAGAUCCGGAGUGCCGUGGGGAGUGCCCAGCUGCUCAUGUCCCAGAAGUUCCAGCAGUUCUAUUGGCUCUGCCAGCAGAACAUGGACCCCGGCGCCAUGCCCAGGCCAACGUCCCAGGACCUGGCAGGCUACUGGGACAUGCUGCAGCUCUCCGUGGAGGAUGUCAGCAUGAAGUUUGACGAGCUGCACCAGCUGAAGCUCAGUGACUGGAGGGUCAUGGAGUCUCCCGAGCGGAAGGAGGAAAGAAAGGUCCCCCCUCCAAUACCAAAGAAGCCCCCCAAGGGGAAAUUUCCCAUCACGAGAGAGAAGUCUCUGGAUCUGCCAGACCGCCAGCGCCAGGAAGCCCGGAGACGGCUCCUGGCCGCCAAGCGUGCGGCCUCCUUCCGCCAGAACUCCGCCACGGAGCGGGCCGACAGCAUCGAGAUCUACAUCCCUGAGGCCCAGACCCGGCUCUGAGGACGGACGCAUGGACGGACGCAUGGACGGACGCAGCGACACUCGCCUGCUUGUGUUCUUUUUAACAAAACGCUGUACAGUUCAUUGCCUACCUGGUGAUUUUUGUCUCAUUUCUUUCACCGAAUCGCCCUUGCUGUUACGUUCUUCAUACCAUAAACACAGUGGGAUGCUUUCCACUUCCUCGUGUGCCAGCAAGUAUGACCUCCUCCAACGAUGGCCUCCAAUGAUGGCCGACUCUCAAAGCCCUGAGGGACAGGCGUGGUGACGGCCAGCACCCCUCUUUGUCCCCCACAGACACAGAUGCGCCUCUGGAGACAAACCCACCGACAUUUUGUGAUUUCUAUUUUUAUACAUUGUGUGAUAUUAGAGGUAAGAAUAACAUAUAGCUGCAUAUGGGUGCAUCUCACCACUCCGAGAGGCAUCAGACACCCCAAGUGGCCGGUGCUACACCCCAAAGGGCAGAAAAGAGACCCGACCCCACUAGCCGGCGUCCCCCUCCCGAGCCCCGCUGUCCUGGUCCUUGCUGUCACAGGCAGUAGUGCUGGGCCCUCGCUGUGGAGCGCGUGUCACGGAGAGGGAUCCCUGGGCCCCAGGAUCUCACCCUGAGGUUCUUCAGGUCCCAGAGCUCCAAGUCGAGCCCCCUCCAGAACCCCACACCCUCACACCAGGGACGAGCUCCACGUCCUGAGGGAGGGAUGCGUGGGAGGGGACGGAGCCCCAGAAAGCUGGGCGCAGGCGGGAAAGAAUUGCCCACUUCUCUGAAACAGCCAUUGUAGUUUUUAUUCCUUUGUGACUUAAGGCAUUCACAGAGCAUUUUAUUUCAGUUUCAACACCGAAGCUCCGUGUGAUUUAUAUAAAUGUGUCUGUAUGUAUAUGUAUAUACACAUACAUACACACACAUUUCAAACCGCUCUAUCAUUGACUUUCCAGGGUAUCUUUAAAAAAGAGUUCGCUUGUAUAAAACGACAGUUGUGAUGUUGUCAGAAGUAUAAGAAUGUGAAUGUAAGCGGUAAGUAUAUCUCAGUCUAAAUGGUGAAGAGAGAUGCAGUUUACACUUGUAUUUUUCCAGAGUUAUCUUGUCCUGUGCAGCACUGCUGACGUCAAGAGCGUAUUUCCUGCCCGUGUUAGGCGGAGCGGAAAGGCGGCACGUGGUGGGAUUUGCCAGGGUAACAGCCGGGCGACUGGCCCCGGGCAGGCAGCCUCGGGCCUCAGGGUCUGCACUCGAGGCAUAGGCGGGAUUCUUCACCCAAUACCAGGUCUUCCUUCCCGCCGCUUCGAGGAGCACCUCGUGCCCAGCCAUAGGCAGAAAGCUUCCCCAGCCCUGUAGCACUUGUUUUCUCUCCGUGAGUCGCACUUUAAGGCGUGCGCAGCGCUCGGCAAGGGCGCCCGGGCUGCGCGCGCCCCCCUCAUAGUCCACACUCCACCGCGCAUGGGGUUCGCUGGGGCACAGUGGGUGUCACCGCAUGUCAAGCUUCACGGUUCUACUUUUUCAGAGCUCAGUAGUUAAGAAUUCCCCGUAAGAACAAAACCCUGUAAAUUGAGCCUCAGAUCUGGUAUAUAUUUUACCAAACAGCCUUAAAAUAUAUUUGGAAGCAAAAAUCAGUACGAAUGUAUAUCCUUGAAAAAUGCAAAAAAAAAAUCCCUGAAAUAUUCUUCUAUAACUGAAUCCUAUUUCCCCAGAGUGUUCAAAGCAUUUUUCUACCUAAAUAAAUACCUAAACCCUGAAUAGCGUACCAUAAUGAUGCUUCUUCCUAUCUUCACUACACUAUGUAAAAGCAGGUGUCCUCGUAAGUCUCGGCAUUUGAGACUUUAAAAGUGACGUGUUACUUAAGAGGAACUACUGUUUAGAAGAACCACAGGCAAGCAGAACCCGCGUAUGCUCCUAAUGAAGGAAUUUGAACACACGUGUGCACAUCACCUGCCCCUGUCCCGGCCCCUCCUGGCAGCUGCUGGGUUGUGUCUUAUUCCUGGAACUUACACAGAACACACAGAAGCAAAUUGCCAAAUUAGAUGAUAAUGAUCCGUCUUAGGUUCUGGACCUAUGGUCCCAGCUUGAACCAAAUAUUCCCUGGAUUUGGACUGAUUUUUGUUUUUUUCCACUCACUUUUAUCUGACAAUCCCCCAGAAGUCCUGGCCUCCACCAUCCGUCCCUAGGUGAGCACAGUGGCCCCACCAAAUAUGGAGGAUGUGCCCAGUGGGCCCACUAGUUUCCAAAGGUGUGCACACCCUGGCCGAGCAGGUGCCUGCUGCUAGUGAUGAUUCUGCUCAUGUCCCUGCCCAGGGCAACACCUGCAGUUCUGUGCAGGCGACGUGCUGUCAUGGAAUGGGAAGCUAAGCCGUGUUUCUGUGUCAUUCCUGCAAGAAAGUGAAACUGUUUGCAGCACUGUGGGGCUGAGGCCUCUCGGUGGGUUUUGUCAGUCAUUUCCAGAAGGUGUGAGGCCUAGCGCUCUGGCAUGGUCCUCGCAUCACACUUAAAAUACACUUUGAAUAAAAGACUGUUGCAAAUGUGCAACACAGGGUGCCAGCCACAUAGAGGUGAAAGCUGAUGUUCCCUGCAGCUGCUCACCAGGGUCCCUCGAGGUGCAGCCAGCACCAGGGAGAUGCCCUCACACCAGCAGGCCCACCUUGCUUGCCGGUUAUUUAGCCGCCUCUCAGAAACAAACAAAACUAAGUCUGAGGACCAGGACCCAGAGCAGAGGCGGCGUGUAGCAAGUGUCCCCAGUGUAACCCACCCAGCGUCUCCACUACUCACUGUCUAUCCAUCUGUUCUGAUGUUACCAGUAAAGACUGUUACCGUGUUUUCCUCCACAAGUUUUUAUCUCCAUCCUAGAAUGCUGUACAAAGCACUGAA